UCUCCAUCUCACAGUUCCAGUCUUGAGAGGCCAGUUUUCCGUGAUCACCCUGCCUACCUGGACUGGAGAAUGUGUGUGACAGUUUGUGGCUGGGAAGGGAUGCCGAAGAUGGAACCAGUUUGUCUGCUUUGGGGAGGGUAUGUUUUUGCCGACUGAGGCACGGGGAAGGUAUGCUGAAGGUGGAACCAGUUUUUCUGCUUUGGGGAGGGUAUGCUUUCGCUGAGUGAGGCACAGGGUAGGCACUCCUACAGGAGUAUGGAACACCAUGGACUGCUAACACUCAACUUUCUCACAUCGGUGGUAAAACUCCUAGGGGCUGAGUAACUACAAACUGCAUGGUCAAAACAACCCAAUGGAGCCUAAGGUAAGACAGAAGAGCUUUUCAUAAAGGAUCAUGGCAGGUGUCCGCAGCGGGAGGAGGCCCUCUGGGGGGCUGAUGCUGGAGGAAUCAGAGAAAGGACGAUUGGUCGUCUCCAGUGUUGUCGAUGGCUCCUUGGCCAAUCAGGGGCUCAAGGAAGGAGAUGAAAUUGUGGGUGCCACAAUCAACUUUGACCAACUUUCAAAAGACGAUGUGUUGAAAAUACUGAAGCUGAUGGAUGAUAAUGGAUUUGAUGAGAAGGUUCAAAUUCUGACAAAAAAUAAUUUGCGCAAGAGUAUGGGGACCUUGGACAGCUUCAAAGCACCAGAGGAGAUGCUGAAGGAUUCCUAUAACAGACUCAAUGCCAAAAUAAAGAAGUUCAUGAAAGAGGACAGCUCUAGACAACCUACAGCUUCUGGGGAAAUAGGCUCUCCUAACAGACAGGUGAAAGGCAAGGAACCGAGACCUCUCUGGGCCAAGCCUAAUGUCAGAGGAACAGACUCUACAGUGACUCUCGAUGCUCCUGGUGGAGAACUUUCAUUGCCUAAUGCCAACAUGAGUACAUCAGAUCUCUCUCUAGCUCAUUUGAAUGGGUCUUUAGGGGCUGAUCCUGAUGUCAAUAUCUCAGAUUUACCUUCAGUAGACCUUAAAGGUUCCAAAAUAGAUCUAGAAUUGCCAGAUUCAGACAUUGGUAUCCCAUCUGGGAAGAUCAAAACACCAAGUCUUGGAAUGGCUGACUUUGCUAUGUCUGGACCAAGAGUUAGGAAUCCAGACCUGGACCUCACAGCGGUUGAGAUGUGUCUAUCAGACGUCAGUUUGCCUGACGUCAGUACUCCAGAUAUUGAUAUACCCUCAGGUAAAUUCAAACUAAAGAAACAACAUGCAGAACUCAAAGCUCCUGAUUUCGAUGUGGAUGCCCCCUCUGGUAAACUGAAGAUGCCCAAAUUUGACGUCUCUGGACUAAAAAGAACAGAUCUGGGAAUUGAUGAUGAUGAUGUAAAAACACCAAAACUAAUUCUCAAAGCUCCCAAGAUAAAAGGCGGACUUGAUGCACCUGACUUGGACUUACCCAAAGUCGACCUAAAAUCACCUAAAUUAGAUAUUGACAUAAACACACCCUCAGAAAAAUUCAAAAUGCCAAAGUUUAAGAUGCCUAUAUCCGGCCUUUCGGGCCCUAAAGGACCAAAUGUUGGCAUUGAUAGAGACUUGGAUGGACCAGAUCUGAGCUUAUUAUCUUCCAAAUUAAAACGGCCAGACUUGGAUGUUGGUAGCCCAUCUGGAAAAUUAAAGAUACCAAGUCUAAAGGUGCCAGACUUUGGCUUCUCGGGGCUAGAUGUUCAAGGGACAGACUUAGAGGUAAAGACUCCAGACUUGGAUCUUUCCGCCCCCAAGUUUAAAGGGGGAAUUAGUCCCCCAGAUUUGGAUCUGCCAGAUGUAGACCUCAAAGGCCCCAAAUUAGACCUCAAUGCUCCAGAUUUUGACAUAGAUAUGCCCUCAGGUAAAGUCAAAGUACCUACAUUGAAUAAACCAAAGGUUGAUCUGAAUGCUCCUGAUCUGGACAUCGAUGGGCCCUCUGGUAAACUGAAAAUGCCCAAAUUCAAUCUCUUUGGCACAUUGCCAAAAGGACGAGGUCUAGACAUAAAUGCAGGUGUGAAAUCACCAAAGUUAAAAGGUGGGAUUGAUGCCCCUGACAUGGAUUUACCAGACAUUGACCUCAAAGCCCCUAAAUUAGAUGUAAACACUCCAGAUGUUGACAUUGAUUCACCCACAGGGAAAUUCAAAAUGCCCAAAAUGAAGAUGCCUAAAUUUGUCAUGAAAAGACCUGAUGUUGACAAAGAUGGAGAUCUAGAGGGGCCAGGCCUGAACUUGUCUGCACCAAAAUUGGACAUAGAAGCACCCUCAAUGAAUCUCAAAGGUCCCAAAGCAGACCUAAAUAUUCCAAAUGCUGAUUUGGGAAGUCCAUCAGGGAAUUUCAAGAUGCCAAGUUUCAAGAUGCCAGAUUCAGGUUUCUCUGGACCAAAGGUUAAAGUGCAUGACUUUGAGGUAAAGACUCCAGGCUUAGAUCUUUCAGCCCCCAAGUUUAAAGGAGUAAUUAGUCCCCCAGAUCUGAAUCUGACAGAUCUCAAAGCCCCCAAACUAGACCUCAAUGCACCAGAUGUAAACUUUAAUGUGCCCUCAGGUAAAGUCAAUGUACCUACAUUGAAGAAACCAAAGGUUGAUCUGAAUGCUCCUGAUCUGGACAUUAACGGCCCCUCUGGUAAACUGAAAAUGCCCAGAUUUGGGCUGUCUGGUAAAAUGCCCAAAACCACAAAACUGAAUCUCAAAUCCCCAAAGAUAAAAGGGGGAAUUGAUUCCCUAGACCUGAAUUUUCCAGAUGCUGAUCUAAAAGCCCCUGAACUAGAUGUGAAUACCCCGGAUCUUGACAUCAGUGCACCCUCUGGUAAAUUCAAAAUGCCCAAAUUCAAAAUGUCUAAAUUCAGAGGCCUAAAGGGACCAGAUGUUGACAUUGAUGGAAACUUGGAGGGCCCAGAUAUUGAUAUCAAUACCCCCACAGCUAACCUCAAAGGUCCCAAAACAGGUCUAAAAAUGCCAGAUUUGAAGAUGCCUGGUUUUGGGCUAUCUGGGCCAAAUGUAGAUGAACCUAACUAUGACUUACCUGAUAUUGACCUCUCAGCCCCAAAGCUAAAAGGGGGAAUCAAUCCCCCAGAUUUGAGACUACCUAAAGGUAAAAUCAAAGGCCUAAAACUAGACCUCAAUGAUCCAGAUUUAGAUGUUGAUGCUCCCUCAGGUAAACUGAAAAUGCCCAAAUUUGGACUCUCAGGCACUAUGCCAAAAGGAUCAAAUCUGGACAUAAAUGCAGGUGCGAAAUCACCAAAGUUCAGUCUAAAUAUGCCAAAGAUAAAAGGUGGGAUUGAUGCCCCUGACAUGGAUUUACCAGACAUGGACCUCAAAGCCCCUAAAUUAGAUGUAAACACAUCAGAUAUUAACAUUGAUUCACCCACAGGGAAAUUCAAAAUGCCCAAUCUGAAUAUGCCUAAAUUUGGAAUGAAGGGGGGACAUAUUGACAAAGAUGGAGAUAUAGAGGGACCAGACCUGAACUUGACAUCUCCCCAUCUUAAGGGUCCCAAAGAAGACCUCAACAUUCCAGAUGCUGAUAUUGACAGUCCAUCAGGAAAAUUCAAAAUGCCAACUUUCAAGAUGCCAGAUUUAGGAUUCUCUGGACCAAAAUUUAAGGGGCCUGACUUGGACCUUUCAGCCCCCAAGUUUAAAGGAGGAAUUAGUCCACCAGAUCUGAAUCUGCCAGAUGGAGACCUCAAAGGCCCAAAACUAGGCCUCAGUGCACCAGAUGCAAACUGUAAUAUGCCCUCAGGUAAAGUCAAUGUACCUACAUUGAAGAAACCAAAGGUUGAUCUGAAUGCUCCUGAUCUGGACAUUAACGGCCCCUCUGGUAAACUGAAAAUGCCCAAAUUUGGUCUGUCUGGUAAAAUGCCCAAAUCCACUAAACUGAAUCUCAAAUCCCCAAAGAUAAAGGGGGGAAUUGAUUCCCCAGACAUGAAUUUACCAGAUGCUGAUCUCAAAGCCCCUAAACUAGAUGGAAAUCCCCCCGAAUUUGACAUCAAUGCACCUUCUGGGAAAUUCAAAAUGCCCAAAUUUAAAAUACCUAAAUUCAGAGGCCUAAAGGGACCAGAUGUUGACAUUGAUGGAGACUUGGAGGGCCCAGAUAUAGAUAUCAAUGCCCCAACAGCUAACCUCAAAGGUCCCAAAACAGGUCUAAAAAUACCAGAUUUGAAGAUGCAUGAUUUCAGGCUAUCUGGGCCAAAUGUAGACAAACCUGACUAUGACUUACCUGAUAUUGACCUCUCAGCCCCAAAGCUAAAAGGGGGCAUCAAUCCCCCAGAUUUGAGACUACCUAAGGGUCAUCUCAAAGGGCCCAAACUAGAUCUCAAUGCUCAAGACUUUGAUGUUGACACUCCCUCAGGUAAACUGAAAAUGCCCAAAUUUGGGCUUUCAGGUACUAUGCCAAAAGGACCAAAUGUAGACAUAAAUGCAGGUGUGAAAUCACAAAAGUUCAAUCUAAAAAUGCCAAAGAUUAAAGGUGGGAUUGAUGCCCCUGAUAUGGAUCUACCAGACAUGGACCUCAAAGCCCCUAAAUUAAAUGUAAAGACUCCAGAUAUUGACAUUGAUUCACCCACAGGGAAAUUCGAAAUGCCCAAUCUGAAUAUGCCUAAAUUUGGAAUGAAUGGGCCAAGUAUUGACAUAGAUGGGGAUAUAGAGGGACCAGACCUGAAUUUGUCAUCUCCCAAACUCAAGGGGCCCAAAGCAGACCUAAACCUUCCAGAUGCUAAUAUUGACAGUCCAUCAGGAAAAUUCAAAAUGCCUACUUUCAAGACGCCAGAUUUAGGUUUCUCUGGACCAAAAGUUAAGGGGCCUAUCUUGGACCUUUCAGCCCUCAAGUUUAAAGGGGGAAUUAGUCCCCCAGAUUUGGAUCUGCCAGAUGGAGACCUCAAAGACCCCAAACUAGACAUCAAUGCACCAGAUGUAAACUUUAAUAUGCCUUCCGGUAAAGUCAAAGUACCUACAUUGAAGAAACCAAAGGUUGAUCUUAAUGCUCCUGAUCUGGACAUUGAUGGGCUCUCUGGUAAACUGAAAAAACCCACAUUCUUGCUGUCUGGUACAAUGUCAAAAUCCCCAGACUUGAGGCUCAAAGCUUCAAACAUUAAGCAGGGAAUUGAUGUUCCAAACAUUAAUUUACCAGAUGCUGACCUCAAAGCCCCUGAACUAGAUGUGAAUGCCCCAGAUCUUGACAGCAACAAACCCUCUGGGAAAUUAAAAAUGCCCAAAUAUAAAAUGCUUAAAUUUAGAGACCUAAAGAGACCAGAUGUUGACAUAGAUGGAGACUUAGAGGGCCCAGAUAUUGAUAUCAAUGCCCCCACAGCUAACCUCAAAGAUCCCAAAACAGGUCUAAAAAUGCAAGAUUUGAAGAUGCCUGAUUUUGGGCUAUCUGGGCCAAAUGUAGAUGAACCUGGCUAUGACUUCCCUGAUAUUGACCUUUCAGCCCCAAAGCUAAAAGGGGGAAUCAGUCCCCCAGAUUUGAGACUAUAGUAAGGGUCAUCACAAAAGCCCAAAACUAGACCUCAAUGUUCCAGAUAUGCCCUCAGGUAGAUUCAGAGUUCCAACCAUAGAGAGGCCAAGUGAUAGCAUCAAAGCCUCUGAUUUUGACAUCAACACUCCUACAUUCAAAAUGCCUACAUUUGGGUUGUCUACACCAAAAGGACCAGAUCAUGACAUCAGUGCUGACCUAGGUUAAAUUGUCAAAGAUGAAGGUUGGAUUGGUUCACCAGAUCUGGACCUACCUGCAAUUGACUUAAAAGCCCCUAACAUAGAUUUAGACACUCCAGAUAUAAACAUUGAUUCACCAUCUUGGAAAUUCAAAAUGCCUCACCUCAAAAUGCCUGAAAUCAGCCUUAUUGGUCUGAAAGGUCUAGAUGCUGGAAUAGAUGGAGACAUUGAGGGACUGGACCUGAGCUUGUCAACCCUGAAAGUAAACAUGAGGAUUGGUAGUCCAGAUUUAGACAUAAAUGUUCGUCAUUAAAAUUGCCUCAGUUUGGAAGUCGCAAUUGAAGGGCAGUAUCAGAUAUGGACUUUAUGAAAACAAGUUACAUUUCUCCUCCAAAGGCUAUAGUGAAUCUAAAAGCACCAGACUUGAAAGUUAGUCACCCAGAUGUCAGCCUGAACAUACCAAAAGCGGAUAUCAGAAGCCCAGAAUACAAAGUGGCAUCUCAUAGUAAACGCAAAUCUGAUAUCCCAGGUGGAACGCAUAUAAAAUAUUUGAUAUGCCAGGUGGAGUACAUAUACAUGUGCCUGUUGGGAAGUCUAGGAAGGUCAAAGGAAGAGCUUGUUAUCCCAUUGCACAUAUUGAUUUGCCAAAAGUUGAUUACCAAGUGUCUGGUGUAUCUGACAGGUUCAGACCUUAACCUUGAUGACCUCACAGUGAAAUUCUAAAUUCCCAAACACAAGACUUCUAAACUGGGUAGUUGUACAAGAAUACCAGAUAUAGACUCAAGUUUUCCCAGUAUUAAUGCCUCAGUCCCUAAACUCCCACCCCAAAGUGUGGAUUAGUGGUUUCACAGCCAUAUUUUAAUUAGAGAAGAACUGACCUCAAGGGCAAUAAACAUCAUAGGAAAGCACCAGCUGGUGAAACCGACAGAUAAAAAAAAAGUCCAAAACAGUCUAAAAUUGUUAUGUCUAUGACAAAUUUGACUCAUGGUUCAAACCCCAAAAUUACUGAAGAUCAAUAAUAUUUGAUCACUGCAAAGUAUUUCCCAUACAUGUCAAAGAUGAUGUACCAAACGGAACUGGGAGCCUGAAAAAUCGGCACAAGGAAGAGUCAAACCGUAGAUCUCAUACACUCAGAAGUCUCGACUUCAGUUCAUCAAAUGUGGACCUUAAAGUUCCAGAAGCUGAGAACUUAAAAGGGUCAAAACUUACAAAGCUUACAUAGCAUUCAGAUAACUGACUAAGUGUAAUUUUAGGCUUGUUUUAAUCACAAUCUUCUGUUGAAACAUAAUGCAGAAAACUUCUGUUACUUGAACUUAGUUGUACUUUUUAGGUAAAUUGAUUGGUAUUUGUUAUGAAUGUUAAAAUUGAAUGUGUAAAGGGUUCACAUUUUGUCAAAUUGUUUUACAAAAUGGAUGAAAAGCUAUUUGAAAAGGUGUUUAACUGUACACUUGCUGUAUUAAAAUAAUUUGUUUUGUCUUUACAAUAAUGCAAGAAAACAAUUAAUUAAAAACAACUUCCAACUGCA